AAUUAUGUCGCAAAAAUACAAAAACUGGGAGUAAAUCUGGGGCAAAGAUGGUAAAUGCCACAUUUGGGUGCCAUUUUACACAGGGUGUCUAGGUGGGUAAAUGUGGCAUUUACCAUGUUUGCCUCAGAUUAACUCCUCAUAUUUUUGCACUCUUGCAACAUUUUUAGUGCUAAGAGUAAAUUUGUGCAAAUCCAUUUUUUCCUCCAGUGAAUAAGGUUUACGUUCGACGCAUGCUUUCUUGUAAUUAAGUUUUUUGUAAGUGGUGAUAGAGAAACAUGCAACAAAAAUCAUGCUAGUAAGGAUUACCAAGAUUUAAUAACAGUAUAUCGGAUGAGAAGGCGCAAUCUCCUUGAUAGACUUAUUAACACGAUUCGUUUAUUGGUAGGUUCUUGUUCAAACUGCUCAAUACAUGGAAAAUGUCUUAAAGGAUUCUGUGAAUGCGACAUAGGCUGGCAGGGGCAGAGCUGUGACAGUAGAGGUUUGUAGUAAUAUCAGUUAAGGAAUCGAGUUGAAAUUAAAACAAACAAACAAAACAUAAUGAAUACUGAAACUUCAUGCAUAAUCACUCGUUUUAAAGAUUUCAAAACGGUACAAGUCGGAGGACACUCAACUUGACCUUUCGUUAUUCUUGCAGCUAAUUGUUAUAAUGUCAGAAACUGCACAAGUCCUACGAAUGGAGUUUGCAAAGCAACAGACAUUUGUCAGUGUAAUCCAGGAUUUAUCGGUAACAGAAACACUGUUCUUUAUAUGUUACUUCUAAUAGAGACUGCCGGGGAAAAUACAAGUUUCUUAGCAGAACGGCGUAAAUGGGUAAUAUACAACUUAGUUUUGUUUAGUUUAUCAAAAUUCGCCAUGGUGACGGUGACAGGGAGGAAAAAAGGCCUUGCGUCCCAAUUGACAUCAAACCCUUCAUCACCCAAUCAACCCAUGAGAGGUUGACCACAGCACUGGCGUCUUAGUCCCUACUCUUCACGAACAGCAUUGUGGGAUCUUUUGCGUUAGUCAAACAAGGAUCAGAAAGUGCUGUGAGACGGAGCGUGUGGUUUCUCACCCUCAUCCGAGAAGACUUGAAUGUCAUGGUCAAAAUAAAGGCAGCACAUUCUCCUUAAAACAAUAGUUAACGGCGACGUUACCACAGUCACAAAUUAAAUGUAUAGAUUUAGCCAGGGCUAAAAGCGAAGCUCUGGUUAAUAAUACGUGUAAACAAAAAAAAAAUCAAAUCGUGUAAUGCUAAACGAGGACGACAAUGAAAAUGGCUUCAAGACUAAUAGAUCUAAUUAGCAAAAACACAAAUUGCACGUGCAGCACACUUUUUCUCCUAAUUAGCAAAAAACAAAUUUGCACGUGCUGCACGCUUUUUUCCUUUCCCUUGCCGUUGUUUUGCACGACUACAACGUUGUUUUGUACGACUAAAACGUCAAACUUCCUAGUUACACAUUAUUUUUAUGGAGGAAUCGUCGUAUGUGCUUACCCAAUAUUUUGUUUCCUGUGUCCAUGUUCGCUUUUAUUUUUCACUGCCGCUCAUUUUCACCUUGCUAGCAUUUCUCAUUUUCUCACCGCCGCUUUGAAUUUCCAUGUUUUUCUUCCUACGAAAUUCGUCUCCUUUGUUUUCAAUAAUUCGCUCUAGCUCUUUCUCUGUUAUCCACGUUAGUGUAAACAUAAAAAAUAACGCCGAAAAAGACACGACUUUGUUGUUGUCUUUUCUUUUUAAAAGUCCGGCCGGCCAAGUGAUUUCCUUCCAAAUAAAACCUUGAGGUGUAUUUGGGAUGCCAUACCUGUUGAUUGAGUUAUUUUACAUUGGUAUUUCUGUGGUGCGGCCGGACGGUCGGUCGGUCGGUGUACCAAAUUUUCUAGGAUAGGUAGAUUACCACAUUUCUUUAGCUAUGGGGCUCCGCUAUAAAAAUAUAUCAAAAUUAAGGAAAAAAAAUACAGUAACCAUUUCAUCGAAGUUAAAGUUAGAUUGAUUUGUACUGUGUUUAAUGCUACAUGUCAUGUUAUGUACUUGUCUACGCCAGUUAAUUGUACUUGGUAGUGACCAACUCGAAAGCUUUAGCUACUUUGGUAACUGGGCACAUUAUACUCUUCAGCUCUAGUGUAAUUUAUUCUAAUUAACUUCUCUUUUUUAUUGAUUACUAAAAUACCUGGGGAUAAUGCAGGACAAAAAAACAGAAUCUGAAUCGGAAUCAAAAGGUGCGCCAGUUAGGGUUGGACAAAAUAUAUGGGCAUUAUGUUGUGCCAGGGAAUCCUGAAAACCUACUCCCUCUUUGAGCCUUUCUCGAUCCCGGGCUGGUUGCAACUUCCUUAAUUUUUUUUUAUAUCUUUCAUACUUAGGUUCUGACUGCAGUAUUAUUCCUACCUGCCAUAACGUAUCAGACUGCAGUAGUAAUGGACUGUGUGUGGAUUACGAUGUUUGCAAAUGUGAUAAAGGAUGGACUGGGGAUAACUGUACACAAUUCUCUUGUGAGCACUUGGAUUACUGUUCAG